AUGAGUGCUCCGACUUUGGGUCAACGUCUGUCUUUUGACGGCCACCUAUGUACUGUCCGUUAUGUGGGCACCGUUCAAGGGACCACAGGCGACUGGUUAGGCGUUGAAUGGGACGACACAACCCGUGGCAAGCACUCAGGAGAGCAUAAAGGCAUUAGAUACUUCUCGUGCAAAAGCAACCAACCCACAGCGGGGUCUUUUGUUCGUCCCUCCAGACCAUCAGACCAACCCCGGAGCUUCCUUGAAGCCCUACGGGAAAAGUAUGCUUCUGAGCCUGUGGAGGACGUGGCAUCAAAUGCUUCAGCAACCGGAGCAUCUGUCAGAGGAAAGGCAAUUGAAAUCAGCGGCAAGAUCGUUGAGGAAGUUGGCUUCGACAAGAUUCGGAAGCAGCUCGCAGAACUCCAAGAGUUACGCAUCGUGCUACUUGAUGGACUUAGAGUCGUCGGUGUCUCAUCAUCCUAUGAACAAGAUCAUGAUCCGGACAGUGAUGUUGCACGAAAUAUUGGGCGAACUUGUCCCAAGAUCACAGAACUCGAUCUCAGUCGAAGUCUAUUGAGUCGGUGGCAUGAUGUUUGGGACAUCUGCAACCAGCUCAAGCACUUGAAACAAUUGAAGCUAAAUGGCAAUCGGCUCCAGGCAUUGGAUGAUACCUUGGUCUUUGAGGGCAUCACUAAACUACAUUUAGAAGAAACACUGCUAAGCUGGGACGAAAUUGCUGCAAUUGCAUCGCGAUUCCCUGGCCUAACAUCUCUCACAGCCUCUGGAAACCAGCUCUCUGAGAUAUCGUGUGAACUCCCCCACACUAUAACGACAUUGGUCCUCGAGAAUAACGAUAUCACCUCAAUAUCAGCUUUGCGGCACAUAUCUGAACUUCCAGACCUGGAACACCUCUCCCUUCGUGGGAACCCCAUCAAUACGGUAAACCGCGACACCGCAGACACAACGCUAGACUUCCAAUUUCCACCAACUCUGCGAUCCCUCGAUCUCUCACGCAACAGCAUCACCUCUUGGGCCAUCCUCAACAAACUCCCCACCGUGUUCCCAGCCGCAACAUCAUCAGACUCCAAACCAAUGACCGUCGACGAAGCAUUCAUGCUCACCCUAUCACGUUUCCCGCCAACACUCACAACCCUAAAUUACAGCACCAUCUCUCCGCAAGACCGCUCAAACGCAGAGAUGUACUAUCUCUCCCUCAUUGGUAAGGAGCUUUCCGCCACAACGGAAGCAGAAGAGCCCGCUAUCCUCGCCACGCACCCGCGUUACAGCGAGCUGUGCGAACUGUACACCAAUCCAACGAUCACCAGAGCAGUUGUCUCGGAUGCUUCCGGGACGCGAGUGAUCUAUCCGCGGUCUGUGGCGGCGCGGUUGGUCAGAAUGGCGUUCCAUUUUGUACAAUACUACGAUGAUAAUGACCCCGGCGCAUCCAAUGAUCGAGUCGUGGCCAAGGAGAUUCCUGGAUCGUUCAAUACAUACCAGGUCAAGGCGCUGGUGUCGCGGCUCUUCGGACUUCCGGCAUUUGGGUUUAGAUUGAUAUGGGAGACGGAUGAGUGGGAUCCUGUGGAGAGGGAGGCUGCUGAUGAAGCUGCUGAUUGGGAUGACGAUAGUGAAGAUGAAGUUCAGGCUGAACAGGCUAGACCUGAUUCAAACCCCCAUGCCCCUGGUAAAAGCCGAUUCGUGCGCCGGGAGAUUGAAUUGGUUGAUUCAGCCAGAGACAUUGGGUUCCUGUUCCAGGGUGAAAUUGGAGAGCUUAGGAUUCGGGUUGAGAUGUCUGACUCUCCAUCAAGAACCUAG